UCCUCCUACAGCUGUGUCGCUUUGUAGUUACCGGCUGACCCUCGAGUGGCCACCGCCGAGUAGAGAAAACUAGUUUUUACCCGCGCGAGCCUAGUCAGUUGUUGUUGUUCCCUUUCAGCAGUCGGUUUCGCGCGGAGCCACAUCACGAACGUCUCUCUGCUGUCGUUUGUGUAGAAAUCACUGAGGACGUUCCUUAACCACCUCCCCUAAACCUCCCCUACCGAGUGCCAGAUAGCAAAGGUCCUUGACGGCCAGGCGCAGAACGCUGACAAAGCAACGGCGCACCCGUCAGAACACAGCCCAGCUCAGCGAAGAUGCAGGAAGUCAGCAGCAACAACACCCCCUCGGUCCUGGUGGAACCACCCCCGCAUCAACCCAUUUCUAACGAGUCCAGCUGUCCCGUGGCCAAGACGAAGCGCAAGGCUAGGUCGACCCGUCGUCGCCUCAACGCCAUGAUGAGCAACGCGUCGCUUCACUUCUCCGACACCGAUUCCGAGGGCGAGCUCAGUGUCCCGAGAAUCUCAACGCCGAAUUACUCCGUUAAGAAUGCCGCUGCCAACGGAGGUACCGGCAACCUCCUGCACCCGGUGAUCUCCGUUACGCUCGACGGCAGCGAUGACUCUUCCUACGGCGGCGGCAACGAGCGCAGGAACAGCUUCCUGGAGAACCUCACCGACGUCGACGAGAUCUACACCAGCGAGCCCGAGAACGACGCCAAGAUGCCCAUCAAGUCCGUAACCUCGACGCCUCGAGGCAGCUUGACUGUCGGGGAGAAUCCGCACCAAGGCGAGACAGACCUGGAGGACAUGUCGAACGACGAUGAGGAGGUCGUUCAGGCGCCGAUUUUCAUCAAGCCGCGCAGCGACAUCCUCGUCGACUUCAACGGCGAGACCAUCACGACCAAGGAGGGCGACGGGCCCUUCAGCAUCGAGGUGCGCAACCAGAUGUCCAUCGACGAGGAGGCUAAAGACCUGGACAAUGACACACCGGACAUCGUGGUCAUGCCCACUACCGACAGCGAGGACAUGGAGGCUUCUGAUGAGGACGAGGAGGGCGAAGCUUGCGGACAGAGAAAAGAGUCGUACGAAGCCUUUGAUGUACUCGCGGCUUCGCAAAUCGUCAUGAGGAACGUUGAUAAGAUGGAACAGCAGCUGCUGAGAGUCAAGUCACCGUCCGGAGGGGCUGAGGAUGGCGGUAUCAAUGAAAGCCACACGGACGUCGAGGAUAUCGAGUAGAUGAAGAUUAUGAUAGAUAUAUAAGACUUUUUAAAGUUGUUCAGAGAGUCGAUGAUUCGUAUUUUUCAAUAUCUUUUUGAUUGUUGUUAUCAGGAAAUUUCUCAGCUCUUUGAAUAUUUUUUACUCGAAAAUUAUAAGAUCUUGUAGCCCGUUGUUUCUCGUUUUAAUUGUCUCUUGUUAUAUGAAUUUUCAAAGGAACAAAUAUCCGAAAUACUUAGGGACGAUGUAGAAGCCAAAAAUUUGCAAAUCAAUACAUUACGUACUCAACAAUUUGCCGUACGUGGUAUAACGAGUGUGUAACUAGUCUAAAAUUGUAUUACUGAGUUCUGAGAAAUUCAGUUGAUGGUUACGUCGUAAUUUUUAUACAAAAUAUAUUUUUUUAAUUUAAUUGCUGUGCUGCAAAAUAAAAUUCAUAUGUGUACAAACAAAACGGUUUCCUCUUGAGCGCACGUCUAUGCUCGCUUAUCUACAUGGUGUAAAAUUUUCUUCAAUCGAUUCAAACUUUCAGUAAAUUAGUAUCGAUAGCGUCAUAUUAUUUAUGUGAUAAGAAAAAAGUAACCCACUGAAUACUCUUUUGUGUCUAUUUCCGUUGCUUACCGACGGGAUCGCUGCCCUCGACAAUGUCGUAUAGGCAAUAAAAUGGAUUAUUAAAUAUUCUAAAGCCAUACGUCAAGUGUUAGCAUCACACACGAUUUGACGGUGGAACAAUUAUACAUCAUAUCAUAAAUGUGUUUAGUGCAACUUAUGUACUAUCUACGUGUACCUCGCAAAUUCAGAUAAUAUAGUAUUGUUGAAAUUUUACGGGUGAAGUUAACUAAUGAAAAAUGACGAUAAUACGCGAAUGCCUUUUAGAGAUUAGAAAUAUAACUAAUAUUUUCGAUGUCCGAAUUUGCCGAUGCAUUGAUGUAGUGAUGAUUAUAAAAUUCUAAAGUCUAAUAAUAUACGAAAAAUUAGUGAAGCGUUUUUGAAACAGCAAACCUAGAUUAAAUUCAUAUAUUACCUGUUGACUUAUAUGAAACGCAGUUUAUUACUAUUGCUGUUAUCGUUACUAAUAGAUACAUGUUCUAUCGGAUCGUUAUGUAUAUAAAAAUAGAAAUAUAUUUAUUGUAUACGUAUAAUGUUCUGACUAUCAUUGCAUCUUAAAAGCAGAUAAGUGCUUGUUAGUUAAUUGUACGAUGCCUCCCGCGUUUACGGGGGAAUUGCGAGCGUUUACAGCAGCAAUUCACAGGUGCUGUCUCUUAUGUUUAUGUAAAACUCAGGUGAAAUAAACGAGAUUAUAAUAAUGAAA